AUGUUAGACGGUUUAGCCAUAAGCUAUGUUCAAUGGGAAAGGGCAAAUGGCCCGUUCGCGAUACCAGCACCGUUUACUAGUUUUACUGCCACUUCAAAUAGGGCAGAUCCGUAUAUUCGAUGGAAUGGACCCCUUAUAUUAUCACCUACGCUAAUAGUAUUACAUAGCCUCGGUGGUGUAGUGGCUAGCAUGUACGACUACACACCCGGAGGCCCUGGGUUCGAGUCCCGGGUCGGGCCAAGUUUAGUUAUUGAGUCUUUCUGUAUAGUAAGUCUCAGUAACAGCCCGGAGUUGGGAAGUUGGCGGUGUUUCACCCCCGUGCCUUGGAGAGCACGUAAAGUCGUCGGUCCUGCGUCU